AUGUCCUUCUUCAGGCACAUGCUGUGCCAAGGCAGCGACGACGACGUCGACAACCUCUUCGCGACUGCUAGGGUUUCCAGUAAUGUGCCCGUGGCGCACUGGGACCCUUCAGAUGAAAUUCCACGCGGUUUCAAAUCGCACGUCCAACACUUUGAAUUCGGCAUCACCAACGAUUCCAGCGUCAAGUUCGAGUCCAAGGGCGCUUGGGCCAACGGCACACUGCAGCUCUCUCAUGCUUGGUCGAACCAGCUGUUGCAGCUCCAACAACGCUCCGAGUCUGAUGAGAAGGCCUGUGCCACGCUCACGUCGGACGUCAAGGGGCACGACUCCGAGUCCAUGGUGCGCGCUCAGACCAUGUGGCCCGGGUGGCCCUGGCAUUGGUGGAGCCGAAAUCGACAAGAGGUGGACGACUGGCCGAUGCGCGGCAAUCCGAGCGGUCUCGUCGUCCAGAUCCGCGUCGAGGCUCGCUACAACAAUGACUCACUCUGGAAGGAGUCCAACAUCAUUGCUACUUGCGACGACUCGUCGAAUGUGACCCUGCUCGUAGAGGUGAGAGCCCAACCCAUCUCGGCGCCGCGGAGAGUCCCCAAAACGCUGA